GAGUGCCGCGCUCUCCGCUGCCGUCCUCGCCGCCCCCCGCCGUGCCGGUGCCGGUGCCGGUGGCGGCGGUGGCGGCGCGGGGGCGGCCGCAGCUCCCGCUCCGGGCGGCUCCGGAGCCCCCCCCGGGGGUCGCCUCCCGGUACCGGGGCCGCUCCAUCGCUGCGGGCUCAGAACGGCUCCGGGACCCCCCAGAACGGCCCCGGGACCCCCAGGACGGCCCCGGGACCCCCCAAAAUGGCUCCCGCUCCGGGCGGCUCCGGAGCCCCCCCCGGGGGUCGCCUCCCGGUACCGGGGCCGCUCCAUCGCUGCGGGCUCAGGUCACGGCCAUCCCUGGGGGACACACAGGGGACAGCGGGGUCAGCACCCCCGGCACCGGCACGGCGGAGAGCCCCGGAGGGACCCCUGAGCCGCCCCGGGACCCCCGAAAUGGGCCCGAGACCCCCGAACCGAGCUCCGGCAACCCCCAGAACGGCUCCGGGACCCCCGAAAUGGACACGGGACCCCUGAGCCGCACCGGGACCCCCAGAACGGCCCCGGGACCCCCCAAAAUGGACACGGGACCCCUGAACCGAGCCCCGGGACCCCCCAAAAUGGACCCGGGGACCCCCGAAAUGGACACGGGACCCCUGAACCAAGCACCGGGACCCCCCAAAAUGGACACGGGGACGCCCAGGAUGGCCCCGGGACCCCCCAAAAUGGACACGGGGACGCCCAGGAUGGCCCCGGGACCCCCCAAAAUGCACCCGGGGACCCCCAGGACGGCCCCGGGAUACCUGAACCGAGCCCUGGGACGCCCAGAACGAAUCCGAGACCCCCGAACCGAGCUCCGGGACCCCCCAAAAUGGAUCCGGGGACCCCUGAACCGAGCAUCGGGACCCCCAGAACGGCCCCGGGACCCCCAAAAAUGGAGCCGGGACCCCCAGAACGGCCCCGGGACGCCCCGAGUGGCUCCCGAGACCCGGGGAUCCCCCGAUCAACCCCCGCGACGGCCCCGGGAACCCCGAAAUCCGGUCCCGGGGAACACCCUGACCCCCCCGGAAUAG